UCCGCCCUCAGUAUCUUCUACCGCUACUCCUGCCGGCCACUACAACGCCAACUAAGCCAGGUUCCCCCAGCUCCAGACGGGAGUUCCCUCUUCUUUAACGCUCCUCUCCGAAAAAAAGGAAAGGCUGGAAGGAAACACUGGCCCCCACGCCCGCCCCCCAGUAGCAUUUCCAGUUGCUCCUCUAUCCCUCACCAUACACCCUCCCAUCUGGGCGAAGAUGAAGGCACGUUUGCCCUGAGACAGGCGGAGCCGCCGACUCUAGCCCCGUUAUCGCGAGAUCUUUGAAGUAUCGCGAGACUUGACGCCCGACUUGUGCGCCCGGGAAACCCCGUCGCUCCCUUUCCCCUGGCUGGCAGCGCGGAGGCCGCACGAUGCCCGGAGUUACUGUAAAAGACGUAAACCAGCAGGAGUUCGUCAGAGCUCUGGCAGCCUUCCUUAAAAAGUCUGGCAAGCUGAAAGUCCCCGAAUGGGUGGACACAGUCAAGCUGGCCAAGCAUAAAGAGCUUGCUCCCUACGAUGAGAACUGGUUCUACACACGAGCUGCUUCUACAGCACGGCAUCUGUACCUCCGGGGUGGUGCUGGGGUUGGCUCCAUGACCAAGAUCUAUGGGGGACGUCAAAGAAAUGGUGUCAUGCCCAGCCACUUCAGCAGAGGCUCCAAGAGUGUGGCCCGCCGUGUCCUCCAAGCCCUGGAGGGACUGAAAAUGGUAGAAAAGGACCAAGAUGGGGGCCGCAAGCUGACACCUCAGGGACAGAGAGAUCUGGACAGAAUCGCUGGACAGGUGGCAGCUGCCAACAAGAAGCAUUAGAACAAAAGGAUGCUGGGUUAAUAAAUUGCCUCAUUCGUAA